AUGGCAAAAGAGGUAGCCCUGGACACCUCCAUGGGCACAAUAACCGUCGAGCUGUACACGUCCCACGCGCCCAAGACGUGCACCAACUUCGAGACCCUGACGCGGCGCGGCUACUACGACGAGACGGUCUUCCACCGCAUCAUCCCGGGCUUCAUGGUGCAGGGCGGCGACCCGACGGGGACGGGCCGCGGCGGCACCUCCAUCUACGGCGACAAGUUCGCCGACGAGAUCGCCAAGCCCCUCCAGCUCAAGCACACGGGCGCGGGGAUCCUGAGCAUGGCCAACGCCGGGCCCGACACCAACGGCAGCCAGUUCUUCGUCACGCUCGCGCCCGCGCCCUGGCUCGACGGCAAACACACGAUCUUUGGCCGCGUCAAGGCCGGCAUGGGCGUCGUGCGCCGCCUCGGACUCGUCCAGACCGACUCUGAGGACAGGCCUGUCCAGGAGGUCAAGAUUGUGCGCGCCAGGGUCUUGGAGGGGGCCGAGGACGACUGA